AUGGAAGCGUCUCUGAGUGAGGAGGAGUCUCUUGAAGCUGGAAGAAUGAAAGCGAGUGAGUCAGAGAACAUCGAGAUCGGAGUGGAGAAGCUUCAAGUCAAGAUUAAACGUGUCAGAGUGCUCCAACUGCUCUGCUCAGUCUCUGUGCUCGUCGUUGCGAACGCGGCACUAUCCGGGAGCAUGGAAGCACCAGAGUGGCAACGGACUCUGCGGGAUGAGCUUGUUCAACUUGGUAAGGAGGCCCAAGAGCUCACUGGGAGUUUCUGCCCGAGGAUCGAAAACCCCUCGGCCCUCGAGUUCCUCAGAGACUUCGUGCUGCCCAACAGGCCCUGCAUCAUCACAGGGGCCAUGGAAGAGUGGCCGGCGAGGAGGCAGUGGAGCAACGAGUACCUAACGGGCAGGUUGGGAGAGAAGAAGGUUUCAGUGAAUGUCACGCCCGAUGGUCGAGGAGAUGCGAUCGUUGACGACAAGUUCUUUGUCUUGCCUGAAGAGCGGCUGAUGACGUUCGCUCAGUUCCUUGCCGAGCUGUACAGGGAGGGCAACGAUGACGUUUUGUACCUGUCACACCAGAAUGACAACCUCCGGUCGCAGAUAGGAGAAGCUCUACUAAACGAUGUCCCUCCUUCAAUCCCUUUCGUUGAUGACGCUCUUGGCCACGGACCUGACGCAGUGAAUCUGUGGAUGGGAGACUCGAGGUCAGUCACGACUCUGCACAAGGACCAUUACGAGAACUUGUAUGCUGUGAUCCGCGGGGAAAAGAUAUUCACCUUGUACCCUCCGACGUCUCUGCCGUUCCUGUAUCCUCAUCCCUACGGCAUUCGGAGGUACCGCAAAGAGGGAGGAGCGUGGAGGAUUUGCGAGCUAGGAGAGCAAGAAGGUGAAGAGGUCAAGAGUUGGAUCUCGGUGAAUCCGAAUGCUCCGGACUAUGACAGGCAUCCCUUGUUCGAGUUUGCAAGCAAGACGCAGGUCAGAGUGAGGCCGGGAGAAAUGCUUUACUUGCCCUCCAUGUGGUUUCAUCAGGUAGAGCAGUCUGACGACACGGUUGCCGUCAAUUACUGGUACGAUAUGGUAUAUGGGGACAGAUAUGCGUAUCACAAGUUCAUCGAGAGUAUGGUCAGACAGGCUCACAUCAAAUAA